CAGAGCUCAAUCUGGCAUUAAAUGAUUUAAACAGAACUCUAGGCGUUAUCUCGAAGUGAGUUUUCACUCCCUGUGAGCACAUGGGGACAAACCUGAAUUCAACUCCUCAUUCGGUGAAGCGAUGGCAGCUCAGCGGGACAGACUAUGGGCCGCAGCAAGGUCACAGCCUGCGUUCCGAAACCCGCUUCAGCACCUGGACUCCGCUGAACAACAAGCAGAGCAACCUGCAGUUAUUUGAGGAGAGGAUGAACCUGGUGCUCCACUGGUUUGAUCUGUGGACUGACAAGCAGAGAAAACAUCUGCUGCACUCUCUGCUCACACGCUGCACCGAGUCCCAGCUCAAGUACUGUAGGGAUUUGCUGAUCGUGGCGGUUCCUGUGACUCAAGUGGACUUCACGGUGGUGCUGCCUCGGUUUCUGUCCCUGUAUGUGAUGUCAUUCCUGUCCCCUCGUGAUCUCUGCUCCGCUGCCCAAGUCAGCUGGCACUGGAGGGUCCUGGCCGAACAGGACUGUAUCUGGGCAGACCGAUGUAUUCGAAGAGGCUGGUUCCUUCCCUACACCCCUGGAGAAAAAGAGUUUGGAGCGUGGAAGAACCACUAUGUCUCCUGCGUCUCCACACUGGACUGGCUCACUCCCCGGGAGGCAGCAGAGCAGUACGGGACCCUCAACCACCAAAGUACGGGGAUGACAGAAGAGGAGGAAGAGAGGAGGAAGGAGAGGAGGAUCAGGCAGAAGAUCAGAGACAAACUUCAGGAGGAGAAGAGACUAUCUAUGAGAACCAGGAGAGCAUGGGGCUGCUGCAUAAAGCAAGAAGGAGCAGGAAGUAGCCAGACUGGGAGACCUAGCUCUGUGACGACUGGGUCUUCCAGCCUUGGAAGUCUUAGCCUGGACGGGUGGAGCGCAGCUCAGAGCCUGGAGGGAGUCCGGGCCUCCGGUUCAUUCAGUGAAAGACUGAACAAAGCCAGUGGAGCAUUGUCCUGCUUCACCCACAGACCUGCUCCACAGCACGCAGUCGCACCCAUCCAUCGCACCACUCCUGCCCUCUUAUUGCUGAUCUCUAACAGAGUUCCUGCUUAUGAGUUGGUGUUGGGCGGCGUGAAGGCAGGAGUGAUUGUGGUUGUGUAUGACCACAGAGGGACCCUCCCAGCUCUGUUAACCCAGGUGGAGAGGGCUAUUUCAGGGCAGGGAGCUCUGAGGCUGGGCUUGUUAGCUCCAGGAGGAACGGAGGAGAUCCAUCUGCUUCACAGUAGCAUCCUGUCAAAUAGGACUUUACUGACCCCCGAUCAUAGAGAAUUCUGGGAAAAACUGUGUGGCUGGGUGGCACCAACUGAGGAUGGCGGAGGGAUUGACAUCUUCUCCCCACUGGCUGCAUCUGCGUCAGGAGUGGCUCUCAUCCAGACUCUCUCUACUCUGACUGGUCUGGAGGUCUGGGCGCCAAUGGGUCUUGUUACCGGAAGUUUUCAGAACAUCCUGAGUGAGUGGUCUCACAGCAGUGUGUGUGGCAGCAGGCUAUCGAACCAGCCUCCAGCAGGCCCAGCAUUCCAGUAUGUGUGUGAGAGUGUACUGACGGGCUGGUGCAGAGAGGCCAAGUGGAUGGAGGAGGCUCUGGGGGAGCUGAGGAGGUGCCUGGGGCCGCAGCUACAGCAGGCCAGCCUCCAGGCUAGGGGUCGAGCUCUGGGUAAUUUUCUGUGGGAGAAAAUCUGCCUUGAGGAGCUUUCUCAGUCUAAAGAUCUAAGUGAGGCUCUGACUGAGGGACUCACUGCUCUCACUAGACAGGAAGAGACCAGACCUUUGGAGUUUCUUUCUGUCUUCCUUACAAGAUGGAGUGAAGAGAAGGAGGGAGAAGAGAAUAUUGGAGAGGACAAGUUGAUAACCAAAGGAGCAGAUGAUUUCUCGUUGGCACCACAUAGCUCCCAGAGAUUGCUACCUGAGCCACCACAAAUGGUGUUAGACUGGAGAGGUGUAGUUGCCAGAGAGCUGCACCACAGCGAGUGUCUGUAUCUGGGGAGACUGGGCGCUGUGCUGAAGGUGUACCAGGAGCCACUCACAGCAGCUCUGAACUCCAACAGAGCCAUUCUCAGCUAUGCUGACACCCAGAUUAUCCUCAGCCCUGUCGCACAAAUACUGGAGCUCAACAGGGUGUUUCAGAUCGAUUUAUGGGCAAGGCUGCAGCAGUGGGGGGCAGAGCAGUGCGUUGGAGAGGUGUUUGUAAAACUGUGCUCAAGUCUCAGAGUCUACACCAACUACUUUAACAACUACACCACUGCCCUGUGCACCAUCGACAAGUGCAGGGAGACGAAACCUACAUUUCGGGCUUUCCUGAAGAGAGCAGACAGAACUCUUGCAACACACAUGCUGAGCCUACAGGAGCUGCUGCUGUGCCCGGUGUGGAGAAUAGAGGAGUAUGUGACUCUGCUUCAGGCUCUGUCUUUACACACAGAUCCCGGGCACCCUGACCACACACACCUCUCCUCUGCCCUUACCACGAUGCUACGCUACAGAGAAUUCAUACUAAAGUUGAAGCGUAACUCUGAGAGAGACAGACUGAUGGAGGAAACACAGCAGAUGAUCCAAGGCUGUCCAAACCUCAGUGAAGGAAACAGACAGCUGGUCAUAACUCAGGAUGUUGCUUUGCUCAGGAGUCCUGACGAACAGAUUCCAGAUUCUCUCAGGACCUAUGAGCAUGUGUCUGAUGUGGGCCUCUUCCUGUUUAAUGAUGCUUUGGUGUUGACACGGCGAAAUGUGCAUCACACACCUUUCACAUUGGCUCACCGCAGCACACACACUUUCCUGGCCUCUGUGGCCCUCACCAGCCUGGCUGUCAGAGAGAUCACACACACACGCUAUGUGUGUCAUGCCUUUGUCCUGGAGGGUCCUUGUCGUUCCUGGGUCUGUGCCACAGAGAGAGGUGAGGAGAGAGAUUACUUCCUGUCUGUGCUGCGCUCAGCCAUCAACUCUGCUCUGACGGGACAUCAGUGACGGCACGGUGACGAUACACCAGCAAGACACCAGGAGGUUUGGACACCACUGUUAGUGUUUUUUUAAAGAUUACAAAGAUCAGGAAACCUCAAAAGACAAUCUUUUCCAUGCAGUGAUAUGAUCUAAAGACGUAGCACUCCUGCCACUGUUUAAAUUCUGGAUGUCUCACUUUCACCUUAAAAGUAUUUCCAGACA